AUGGCCAGUGUGCGUAGUCUCCCUCAGGUCUGCAAUCCUAGUCUCCCACUGAUCAUCGAGCCUAAUCUCCCUCUGAUCAGCGAUCCUAGUUUGGCCCUGGUCAGCGAGCCUAGUCUCCCUCAGGUCAGCAAACCUAGUCUCCCCCUGAUCAUCAAGCCCAAUAUACCUCUGGCCCAGAUUUUAUUCGCUUUGAUUGCCGCUGCACUGGCCGCCCCCGGUGGAUUAUAUGGUGGGCUUGGUGGAUAUUAUGGUGGCGGUCUUAGUUAUGCAGCCGCUCCCGCCGUUUCGUAUGCGGCAGCAGCACCUGCAGUCAGCUAUAAAGCUGUGGCGGCAGCACCUGCCAUCAGUUAUGCUGCAGCUCCAGCGGUGAGUUAUGCUGCUGCUGCACCAGCUGUAAGCAUAAAAACAGUGGCGGCCGCUCCCGCCAUCAGCUAUGCUGCUGCAGCACCUGCCAUUAGUUAUGCUGCCCCAGCACCGGUUGCUGUGGCGGCUGCCCCAGCCAUUCAAUAUGCUGCUGCUGCUCCAACUAUUCAAUAUGCUGCCGCUGCUCCUGCCAUUGCCGCCGCACCAGCUGUUCAGGUAGCUGCUGCGCCAGCUGUACAAGUGGCUGCUGCGCCUGCCAUCCAAGUUGCCGCCGCUCCAGCUGUAAAAGUUGCUGCUGCCGCUCCUGCCGUACAAAUUGUUAAAGCUGUUAUUCCUGCAUCGACCACUACCACAACGUUCAGUACCUACAUCAAUCAUCCUCAAACUGUUCGCGUUGCAGUAGCUGCACCAGCACCCGUUGUUAAGGUGGCCGCUGCUCCUGCUGUUCAAGUUGCUGCGGCGCCUGCUGUACAAGCGGUUCAGGUUGCUGCCGCCCCCGCCGUUCAAGUUGCUGCCGCUCCAGCCAUUGCUGCUGCUCCUGCCAUUUCAUAUGCCGCCGCCGCUCCUGCCAUAUCAUAUGCUCCUUCCAUUUCCUAUGCCGCACCAGCUGUUUCCUAUAAAGCCGUAGCUGCUGCUCCGGCAAUUAGUUAUGCCGCAGCUGCCCCGGCAGUUUCAUUCAAAUCAAUUGCUGCUGCCCCAGCCAUUAGUUAUGCUGCCGCUGCUCCGGCAGUAUCUUUCAAAUCCAUUGCCGCUGCUCCGGCCAUAAGUUACGCGGCCGCCGCCCCAGCUGUCUCCUUUAAAUCCAUUGCCGCUGCUCCAGCCAUAAGUUAUGCCGCUGCUGCGCCUGCCGUCUCAUUCAAAUCCAUUGCCGCUGCUCCAGCCAUAAGUUACGCGGCUGCUGCCCCUGCUGUCUCCUUCAAAUCCAUUGCCGCUGCUCCAGCCAUAAGUUACGCGGCUGCUGCCCCUGCCGUUUCCUUCAAAUCCAUUGCCGCUGCUCCUGCUAUCUCAUUGGGUUAUGGUGGUUUCGGAGGCUAUGGCUAUGUACCGGCUGUCUUGGCUUUCUGGUCAGCGAGUUUCGACUCCCUAGCCAUCGAGUCCCGCUCCAUGGUCAGCGAGUCUCGAGUGCCGAAUGUCUUGGCUCCCUGGCCAGUGAGUCUCGACACCCAAAUCAGCAAGACUUGGUUCCCUGGCCUGCGAAUCUCAACUCCCAAGCCAGCAAGUCUUGACUCCCUAGUCUCGAGUAUCAACUUCCGAGUCAACGAGUCUUGCACACCCAAGCCAAAAAAUCCCGACUCCCUAGCCAGCAGGCCUGAAAGUAUUAACUCGUUGAACACAAAUCUCAACUGUCCUGUCCAGCGAGGCUACAAACUCUCUGAACAGCGAGUCUCGAGUAUCGAAUCCCUAGACAGUAAGACUUGCUCCAUGGCCAGCGAAUCUCGGCUGCUUAGCCAGUGUGUUUCUACACCCAGUCUGGACUCUUUUCCCAUCGAGUACCGACUGUCUUGGCUCAUGGGCCAGAGAAUCCUUGUAUCCUUAAUCGGUUGUGCGUUGGCGGCACCCGGUGGCCUGUUUGGAGGCCAUGGUAUUUCCUAUGGUGCCCCAGCCAUUGCUGCUGCUCCGGCCAUUAGUUAUGCUGCCCCUGCUGUCAGUUAUGCGGCCGCCGCCCCUGUGGUGGCAGCAGCUCCUGCCGUAAGCUAUGCUGCCCCAGCCGUUAGCUAUGCUGCCCCGGCUGUGCAAGUUGCUGCCGCUCCUGCCGUUCAAGUUGCCGCCGCCCCGACUGUUGUGAAAGCUGUGGCUCCAGCCGCCACCAGCUACUCCACCUUUACCUCGGUUGUGAACCAGCCAGCCACCAUCAAAGCUGUGGCUGUUGCUGCCCCAGCCGUCAAGGUGGCAGCUGCUCCCGUGGUGGCCGCCGCCCCAGCCAUCUCUUAUGCUGCUCCUGCCGUCAAAGUUGCCGCUGCUCCCGUUGUGGCUGCUGCCCCUGCCAUAUCCUAUGCUGCUCCGGCCAUUAGCUAUGCUGCUGCCGCUCCAGCCAUUUCCCUGGGUUAUGGCCAUGGUUUUGGUGGUUAUGGCUAUGGCCAUCACUAAGGAAGACACAUGUGAUCGGACA